UGGCAGCGGGCGGUGAAGCGGCCGAGCAGAGGCAGAGUCGGCCGAGACUAUGGCUGGAGGCAAAGCUGGGAAGGACAGUGGCAAGGCCAAGGCCAAGGCCGUGUCGCGCUCACAGAGAGCUGGGCUGCAGUUUCCUGUGGGCCGCAUCCACAGACAUCUGAAGACGCGCACUACCAGCCACGGACGAGUGGGUGCCACUGCCGCCGUCUCCAGUGCUGCAAUCCUGGAGUACCUCACUGCCGAGGUGCUGGAGCUGGCGGGGAACGCAUCGAAGGGUCUCAGAGUCAAGCGUAUCACUCCACGUCACUUGCAGCUCGCCAUCCGCGGAGAUGAAGAGUUGGAUUCUCUCAUCAAGGCGACUAUAGCUGGCGGUGGUGUGAUUCCUCACAUCCACAAAUCUCUGAUUGGAAAGAAGGGACAGCAGAAAACCGCUUAGGGUUGUCACCCGCCCUCCACUGCCCUGUCCUUGUACUGUCACCUGGACGGAAGACAUCAGUGGGGACACAUGACAUUUUUAAAAGCAG